AGUUCUGGCUGAAGCAGCCAGUCAGUCAACCCAGGCGCGAGAGCAGACAAAGGCUCAUUUGUAAGGAACCUCCUAGCAGUGCCUCCUCUCUCCUCCCAAACUCACUCUUUAAGAAGACUCUUCUGCCAAGAAGACCAAAGGAAAGAAGAAAGGACUGAAAGGCAAAAUGAAAUUUAUAGUACUUGCUGCCACCAUUGGGCUGACUUUGCUGCUAGGAGUUCAAGCCGUGCCUGCAAAUCGCCUCUCCUGCUACAGAAAGACACUAAAAGAUGGCAACUGUCACAACCUCCCAGAAGGAGUGGCUGACCUGACACAAAUUGAUGGAAACAUCCAGGAUCAUUUCUGGGAUGGGAAGGGGUGUGAGAUGAUCUGUUACUGCAACUUCAGCGAGUUACUCUGCUGCCCAAAAGAUGUCUUCUUUGGACCAAAGAUCUCUUUUGUGAUCCCUUGCAACAAUCCCUGAGAAUCUUCAUGUAUUCUGGAGAACCAUCCCCGAUUUCCUACAAACUGUACUGUCAGUGUGACCGCACUCUAGAUUCUGCCCAGCAAAGAAAGAACAAAUGUUAUAAAUUCCUACUUACCUAGGAGAAGUAAACUUGUGUGAAAUAGCAGCAAUAAAAAUGAAUUCAAUUUAAGUUUUUC